AUGGGCUCGCAAGGUCCAAAUGCGCGCUUUCGUAAGAUCCAAAGUUUCAAGACAGAUUAUGCCCAUACGACCAUCACCCAGUAUGAAUCCGAAAGAAGUGGCAUGCAAGUAGUCGUGGCGGAUCGACAAGGCCCGAAAAUCAAUGGGUACUUCACUUUGGCUACCGAAAUCUUUGAUGAUUCCGGAGCGCCUCAUACCCUCGAACAUCUGGUCUUCAUGGGCUCAAAGAGCUACCAUUAUAAGGGCCUCUUAGACAAACUAGCUACUAGGGCUUAUGGCGGUACCAAUGCCUGGACGGCAACAGAUCACACGGCUUACACUCUCGAAACUGCUGGGUGGGAAGGGUUCGCUCAGAUCUUACCAGUCUAUCUUGAGCACCUAAUCGUACCCACCAUAACGGAUGCAGCAUGUCUGACCGAAGUCCACCACAUUAAUGGUGAAGGCAAUGACGCCGGCGUUGUCUACUCAGAAAUGCAGGGUGUUCAGUACACCAGCACUGAGCUCAUGGACAUCAAAGCUCGGCGCCUUCUUUACCCAGAGAAUGUUGGUUUUCGGUACGAGACGGGAGGCAUGAUGGAGGCCCUACGAGUUCUGAGUCCUGAAAAAAUACGGAAUUUUCACAGAGCUAUGUACCAACCACGGAAUAUGUGUAUUAUAAUCGUUGGCGAGGUCGAUCAUACUAAUCUACUCUCUAUUCUGGAUGAAUUUGAAGAGAGUGUCAAGAAUGACAUCCCUCCUCUCAAUGCGCCAUUCCAACGACCCUGGAUAGAAUCGGCACAGCCACCCGCCCUCAAGGAAACGACAAUCGAAACAGUCGAAUUUCCUGAAGAAGAUGAAUCUAUCGGCGACAUGCUUGUUGGAUUUUUUGGUCCAAGCUGCACUGAUGUCGUCGAGUCGACUGCUGUAGCCAUCCUCUUGGUAUAUCUUUGCGGAUCUUCUGUGGCGGUAUUGGAGAACGUUUUGGUGGAGAAAGAAGAGCUCGCUAGUUCCGUCUCGUGCUGGUUAGACACUCGACCAAAUAGUGUCAUUUGGCUGCAGCCGACCGGUGUUGCCACCGAAAAACUAGAGUUUGUCGAAAAACGUCUAAUUUCUUUGAUCAAAGAAGUGGCCUCUAAACCGUUGAAUAUGAAGUAUAUGCGCGAAUGCAUCCAAAGAGAGCGGCGGCAAACGAUGGCCCAGGCGGAAGAGUUGGAACAAUUCUACUCGACGAACAUCAUCACGGAUUACCUCUUUGGUAACCGAGAUGGAUCGACACUGAGGGACCUUGAACGCCUCGAUGAGUAUGAUGAACUAGAAAAAUGGAGCGACGAGCAAUGGCGUUCUUUUCUCCGAAAAUGGGUUGCCGACGCUCACCAUAUUUCCGUUCUAGGGAAACCUUCUCUAGAACUAGCUACGAAAUUGAAAGAGGACGAUACGGCAAGAAUCGAGAAAAGGAAGCAGGAGCUGGGCGCUGAAGGGUUAGAGAAGCUUGCCCAGCGGCUCGAGGAAGCUAAAAAACAAAAUGAAGUUGAAAUCCCAACUUCAUUGCUUGAAAAAUGGCAAGUCCCUUCAGUCGAGUCGAUUCACUUCAUCAAAUCGCAAACUGCGCGAUCUGGCCUGGCCCGAAAACUUGGCGUCUAUGAGAAUAUUGCGCAGAAAAAUAUCGAUUCAGUCUCAUCUGAUUCGCCCUUAUUUAUUCAGUUUGAGGACGUCAGAACCAAAUUCGUACAUCUCGCAGUCCACGUCGGUACUGCGACAGUACCGGUAGAGUACAAACCUCUCCUCUCUAUCUUCAACGACAAUUUCUUCAAUACGCCCAUCCAAUGUAAUGGAGAGUACCUUCCGUUUGAGCAAGUUGUCAUGAGACUAGAAAAGGAUACAGUCAACUAUCAACUGGAUUCGGGCAGCAAGUUCGGCGAUUCGGAAAGCUUUAUUAUUCGCUUCCAAGUCGAACCUUCAAAAUAUGCCAAAGCAAUUGAAUGGGUCCGCACUGUGAUGUUUGACAGUAUCUUUGAUCUUACUCGCUUGAAGGCUAGCAUCGCUAAACAACUUGCUGAUGUUCCGGAGGCGAAGCGUGAUGGGCGACUUAUGGCUAGCGAGGUGGAAAUCGCUAUACAUAACGAUCUAUCAUCGUUGUUGGUAGCGAAACGCGCUCUUGUCAAGACGGUAUACCUUCGGCGACUCAAAAAGCUCAUUGAGAAGGAUCCCCAGGAAGUUCUCUCACGCUUCGAAAAACUUAGGAAGUGUCUCUUCACUCUUGACAACGUCCGCGUCCUAGUCACAGCCGAUAUCACAAAUUGGAGUCUGCGCGAUCCUGUUAAAUCUUGGGACAUACUAUCUAAAUCGCUUGGUGGCAGCAGCGAGACAAUCAAGCCCAUCAAAAAACCCCAUACUCUUCUCAGCGAUGAAGGUCGUAAUCCCGGCUCUGUUGGUGCAACAAUUGUCCCGAUAAGAGCGAUUGACAGUUCUUAUUCCAUCAACUCCGGCAAGGGUCUCGCUUCAUUCUCCGACCCGGCGGUCCCCGCUCUUCUGGUAGCUAUGCAGUAUCUAGAGAGUGUCGAAGGCACAUUGUGGAAUGCUAUCCGUGGGAACGGCUUGGCAUACGGGGCUUACUUCGCCAAGGAACUGGAUGGAGGAUACUUGCAUUUUAAGGUAUACCGAUCUCCACUCGCAUCAAAAGCAAUUUCCGCCGCACGCGAUGCUAUUAAAGCAUUAGUUGACGGUACCGUUGCUUUCGAGAAGCCGAUGAUUGAGGGCGCGAUCAGUCAGUUAGUACUGGCUCUAGCAGAUGAACAAGCGACUAUGGCUACCGCUGCCGUACAGAACUAUAUUGUUGGCGCUAUACGGGGCCUUGAACCUGAUUACAGCAUCAAUAUGCUUGUAAAGGUUAGGUCUGUGACAGUGGACGAAAUUAGAGAGGCUAUGAAGACGUGGCUUCUACCUCUGUUCGAGCCCGGGAAGAGCAACGUAGUGGUUUGCUGUGCACACACAAUGAUAGAGAAACUCGAAAACGAAUUCGAGUCUCUGGGGUACAAAACGGAGAUCAAGCAGCUAUCAGACUUCGCUGAUGAUUACGGCCUGAAAGCUCCUGAAGGAGAAGAAGAUGGCGAAAAUGAUGAGGAAGACGGCUCAGAUGACGAGUCAGAAGGGUCAGAAGGCUCGGGCGACUCGGAGGACGAUGACUAG